GAGCCCACCUCAAAGAUCAGGUCGCACAGGGGAAAUGGUCCUCGAAGGAAGCAAGAGCUUCAUCGAACCAGAGGGAACUGCUAGCGGUUCACAGAGCCCUGCAAGCCUUUCAAUCGGAGAUCAAGGGUGACAAUCUCCAGAUUCUGUCAGACAACAUUGCGACAGUGGCGUACCUCAACAAACAAGGAGGCACGAGGAGUCGAAUUCUUCAAGGAAUAGCACAAGAAAUGUUGUCUUGGGCAGAAGUAAAUCUAGGCUCAAUUUCAGCAGUGCACCUGAAGGGGACACAAAACAGUCUGGCAGACUACCUCAGUCGCCACAGGGUGGAGCGAGACAAUUGGUCGCUUCAUCCAGAAGUCUUUGCGGAGAUCACCAACAAAUGGGGUUGUCCCGAAGCAGAUCUGUUCGCAAAUCAGGACAACCGCAAGACAGAGGAGUUCUUUUCUCUAAACCCAGAGGAUCGAUCACUGGGGAUAGAUGCCCUGGCAAAUCCAUGGCCCUUCGACCUUUGCUAUGCCUUUCCGCCGAUCAGACUCAUUCCGGAAGUACUCCGGAAGUUUCUCCUAGAAGAGACAGACCUGAUUUUGAUCGCCCCCUUCUGGCCCAAGAGCCCAUGGUUUUCCCUGCUACAGUCUCUGGUCUCGGAGCCUCCACUGAGACUUCAGAACAGAGAGGACUUGUUGUCGCAGGGUCCAGUGUCACACCCACUGGUGGUUUCAUUAAGCUUGACAGCUUGGUAUCUGAAGAGAAGAUACUGAAGGCUCAGGGGUUUUCGGACAAGGUGAUCAAAACCUUGAUAAAUUGCAGAAAACCAGUCACUAGAGCCAUUUAUUCCAAAGUUUGGAAAAAGUUUAAUUCAUGGUUGUCUGAAAACCAAAGAUCAACGCAUGAUGUUCCUUCUAUUUUGGAAUUUUUUCAAGAGGGUGUCGACAAGGGUCUUUCAGUUAGUACCUUGAAGGUGCAGGCGGCAGCUAUCAGCGUUUUCCUCCAGUUUUCUCUUUUGGAAAAUCCCACGGUAGCUAGAUUCUUUAAAUCCAUUUCAAGGGCCAGGCCAGUAGUGGUAAGAAGUUGUCCAACUUGGGACCUGUCCCUGGUACUUCAAACUCUGGUAGAGUUUCCUUUUGAACCUUUAGAGGAUAUUUCUGUUAAACUACUUACCUUAAAAACAUUUUUUUUAGUAGCUAUUACCUCAGCUCGUAGAGUAAGCGAGUUACAGGCCUUAUCAGUGAGGGAGCCUUUCCUCACGAUUCUGGAGGAUCGAGUUGUAUUAAAAACUGAUCCAGGUUUUUUGCCUAAGGUAGCUAGUACAUUUCACAGAUCACAGGACAUUGUACUGCCAUCCUUUUGUAGUUCACCACAGGGUGAUCAGGAAAAGAAAUUUAGUUUUUUGGAUGUAAGAAGAACCCUUCUUGCAUAUCUAGAGGUCACCAAGACCUUCAGGAAGACAGACGCUUUAUUUGUACUUUCUUCAGGUACACACAAGGGUAAAGGUGCAUCUAAAGCCACAUUGGCUAGAUGGAUUAAGCAGGCAAUCUCAGAAUCCUAUAAAAUCAGAGAAGUUCCCACACCUUUUGUUACAGCGCAUUCAACAAGGGCUUUGGCUGCGUCUUGGGCUGAGAGGGCUGGUGCUUCACGGGAACAAAUCUGUAAAGCUGCCACAUGGUCCAGUUACUCGACCUUUAUUAAGCAUUAUCGCCUGGAUCUGCUAUCCGCUCAAGAUCAGGCGUUUGGUCGAAAGGUCCUUCAGGCAGUUGUCCCACCCUAGACUGGGUAGUCCUACGGUUCUCGAGAAGACUGGCAUGGGGCCUGGAGGACCGCCCUUUUAUCUGGUGGGGGUUAACGUGUUUCCUGUCCUGGUAGGAGGAGCCCUAGGUC